AUGUCACAGCCGCAACCACCACCUCCCGGUCAAGCACAAAUUCCCUUGGUUUCAUCAACACCACCACCAGGUCCACCAGGUCAGGUUAUGACGACUUUAAAUGCACAGCCGCCUCCACCUGGUGUAACGUCACGAUCUGGAGAUUUUCAACAAAAUUUUGAAAUGACACCACCUCCACAAUUACGAGCGGCAACACCUAUGAUCCACCCGCUUGUUUCGGGGAAGGAAAGUCUUGUUCCAACUAAGCUUCCAACAACUCCCGCAGUUGUUACCACUCCAACUAACAACAUACAAAAGAAACAGCCACAACCGAAGAAAUCAACACAACCACUUCAUUUGCUUGUACAGGAAUGUUGUAAGGAGUAUAUCACUGGGUUUCUGAAGACAAAAUCUGAAGAAGAUACAAAAGAGUUAUUUAACGAUCGAAGGAAAUUACAUGCUGAUUUACAACUCUAUUGCACCGAUGAUGUGCUUACGUCAGCAAGGGAUCGAAUUUUGAACGAAUUAGACGAAAGAGGAAAAGAAGCUUUGAAAGAUAUUAACCCAGAUUCAGAGAUAAUAAAAUUGAGGUUCCAAGAAGCUGCCGCACUUAAUAAAAGUUUUAGCGAUGCCAUCGAGGAGCUUAAAUCAACUUAUGUUAACACGGAUCAGGCUUCUGUCGAAGGAUCUUGGAACGAAGAAAACGAAAACGCUAAUAAUAAUAACACAGAAGUCUUUGGACAGAUCUUUCGACUGUGGGAACAAUAUAAUAAGACCGAUACUUCGGAGGUAACAAAUGCUGGUCAUUCGGAGCAAAAUCGUAACCGAGGAAGAGGUAACAACCGUGGUGCUUAUUGGCCUGCACGAGGUGGUCCCCGUCAUUCACCAUACCAAAAUCAAGGGGCACAGCGUCGCCGCGACUGGAUCGCGCGAGAAGACCGAGAAUAUAGAGAUCGCCGUCCAGACGGUCAUUACAGAGAUCGUCGAGAGGAUUAUGCACGAAGAGAUUUUGAUCGAAAACCCGAUUUUCGCGGUCCCUCGGCACCUUCACCAGCUUUCAAUCGUGAGAGGCUUCAAAUGGGUCGACGGGAUGAUCCCUAUCAUCGAAAUUAUGAUGACAGAAGGAAAAACUCACACGAGAGAAGACCUGAGGAUAAUAGGCACCGAGAUCACCGUGGACCGCUCAUUCCUCUAAGUGUAGGUCCACCUCCAAAGUCAUCGCCGGCAAUUUACGAAGCGCCCCCAAUGCCUCCAAUGCCUCCCAAUAUUCCAAAUCCACAAAUUCAAUCUUCGCAACCCGGAUAUGAUUAUACACAAUACUCAACAGAUUCACAAUAUUCUUCUGUUAUUGGGUUUCAAACUGAAUAUUAUAAUUCACAAGUUUAUCCAGGUUACUUUGCACCGUAUUCACAAGAACCUUCGGCCAAUGGUCAACAGAAUCAACAAUAUCAGUAUACAGGCAUAUCUAAUUGGGAUACGACCAGUUCCAUGCAGUCUCUGUCGAUUCAGCUAUCUUCUUUUAAUUGGAACCAACCUGGUAGACAUACGGCAAUACCCCUACCAACUGACUUUAUGUCUGGCCCGAGCACCGCGCCUCGUUUGUCAAUGCCUGAACCGCACGAUGUGCUGGGAGUUAUUAAAGGGGUGAUCAUACGAGAUGCACAAGGGAACAUAGGAUUGAGUCAAUAUCAAUUUAGCACGAUGUGA